GCCCGCCGUGGUGUUGAAUAGUAAACCUGAUGAAGGGGCCACCAUGUGAUUGCAUUCUCUCCCUCUCCUUACAGUUUAGCCACAAAGUCAUACUCACUCUCCAAUUACGUUUGCUCUUUUACGUCCCAUCACUUCCACUCUCAAUCCUUCUCUCCCCAUUCACACGCUCCUCCCAAUCAACAAUUAACAAUCAAAAACAUCGGUAUAUAUCAUCGAUUCGAUCCCUCCAUCUAUGGACUCCGCAUCCGCACCCGACCCGGGCGAUGCGGGGCCGUCGUCCAAGGAGUCAACGGCCCCUCCCAGCCGCUACGAGUCGCAGAAGCGGCGAGACUGGAACACGUUCCUCCAAUACCUCAAGAACCACAAGCCGCCGCUGACGCUUGCGCGGUGCAGCGGCGCGCACGUGAUCGAGUUCUUGAAAUAUUUAGACCAGUUUGGGAAGACCAAGGUGCACUCGACCGAGUGCCCCCACUUCGGGCAGCCCAGCCCCCCCGCCCCGUGCGCCUGCCCCUGCAGGCAGGCCUGGGGCAGCCUGGAUGCCCUCAUCGGCCGCCUCCGCGCUGCAUACGAGGAGCAUGGAGGCAAGCCUGACUCCAACCCCUUUGGCGCGAAGGCGGUCAGGAUUUAUCUCAGAGAAGUCAGAGAGAGUCAGGCCAAAGCCCGGGGCAUUCCUUAUGAGAAAAAGAAGCGCAAGAGACCGGAUCGCGGCGCCAGAGGAGAUGAUGGCGAUGGAGGAGGAGAGUUGACCGUUGGGGUAUAAUUGAUGGUCGAAAAAUAUCCACUACAAAAAACUCGCCUUUUACAUAGUCUGACACUGUUAGCAGCGGAUUGGCGACGAUGAGGAUGAGAUUCCUCUACCGUUACUAAAGAAGUAAGACAUGGUACUGUAAUUAUAAGUUGCUUCCAAUUUCUUAUAACAUUUUUAAUCUCUUACAUUGUGCUUCCCUUAAUUGUAAAUAAUGGAUUAUUAUGUUUAUAUA